AUGGCUAGCCUCCCGCAAUCAGAUGAGCUUAUAUUUUUUGUGAACGGCAAGAAGGUAAUAGAAAGGUGGGCUGAUCCAGAAGAAUGGCUGCUUAACUACCUGAGAAAGGGACUCCGUCUCACAGGAACCAAGUAUGGCUGUGGAAUAGGAGGCUGCGGGGCCUGCACUGUGAUGGUGUCUACCUACGACCCAGACUCUAAGAAGAUACGACAUUUCCCAGCCAACUCUUGCCUGCUUCCCUUGUGCUCAUUGUAUGGAGCCGCUGUAACCACCGUGGAAGGGGUUGGAAACACAAAGACCAAGCUUCAUCCCAUUCAGAAAAGGCUGGCCAAGUGCCACGGCUCCCAGUGCGGCUUCUGCACCCCCGGGAUGGUGAUGUCGAUGUAUUCUCUGCUCAGGAAUCACCCGGAACCCACCAUGGAGCAGAUAUUGGCCGCGCUGGAUGGUAAUUUAUGCCGUUGCACAGGGUACAGACCUAUAAUUGACAGUUUCAGAGCUUUCUCUCCGGAGUGCUGUCCCCUGGCAGGGAGCGGGAAGUGUUGCCUGGAUCAAGAAGGAGGGAAGGAGAAAGAAAGAGAAGAAGACUUAGCUCCAGAGCCCAAAAGAGGAGAUCGGAUGUGCUCAGGUCUGUGCCAGCCAGAAGAAUUCCAGCCCAGGGACCCAACCCAGGAUUAUAUAUUUCCUCCCGAACUCAUGAGGGUGGCUGAAGAGAACAAAGGAAGAACUCUGGUCUUCAAUGGAGAACGGACUACGUGGAUUUCUCCUGCAGCACUCCAGGAACUUCUGGGCCUGAAAGCCAAUUACCCAAAUGCCCCCCUUGUUGUGGGGAACACGAGUGUUGGGCUUGAAGUGAAAAAACUGGGUGUCCAUUACCCAGUUCUCCUUCAUCCUGCCAGGGUUCCAGAUCUGCACGUCAUCUACAGGACAGACAGUGGGAUAGUGGUAGGUGCGGCAACCCGCUUGGCCCAGCUGAGGGAAAUCCUGUUAGAUGUGGUCCCAGAACUCCCAGCGGAGAAGACAAAGAUUUACUGUACUCUCUUGAAGCAGCUGAGAACCCUCGCGGGAGAACAGAUCAGGAAUCUGGCUUCUUUAGGAGGACACAUAGUAAGCAGAGGGUCGCCAUGGGACCUGAACCCCGUCCUAGCCGCUGGGAAAGCUAUUCUCAAUGUGGCAUCAAGAGGUGGAAUGCGGCAGAUUCCCCUGAAUGACGAAUUCCUGGCACGGUUGCCAGAGGCAGACCUUUUGCCCAAUGAAGUCAUCGUCUCUGUUUUGAUUCCAUUCUCCAAAGAAGAUGAGUUUGUGUCUGCAUUCCGACAGGCGGAGCGGAGGAAAAACGCCCUGUCGGUGAUCAAUUCUGCAAUGCGGGUCCGGUUCCAGCCAGGCACUGAUGUCAUUAAGGAUCUGGCUAUCUUAUACGGAGGCAUCGGCUACACCACCGUGAGUGCCCGGGUCACCUCUCAGAAGCUGCGAGGAAGAAACUGGAACGAGCAGAUGCUGGAUGAGGCUUGCAGGCUCGUUCUUGAAGAAAUUCAGAUCCCUCCCUCGGCAGUCGGGGGGAAAGUGGAGUACAGGCGAACUCUGCUCGUCGGCUUCUUCUUCAGAUUCUAUUUGGAAGUGCUGCAGGGCUUAAAGGACACGUACCCACCCAAGUAUCCUGGCUUGCCAAAGGAAUACAUGAGUGCUUUAGGGGAGUUCCCAGACAAUCCCCCGCAAGGAGUACAAGAAUAUCAGGAUGUGGACCCACAGCAGCCUCCUCAGGACCCAGUGGGGCGCCCCAUCAUGCACGAGUCCGGGAUUAAGCAUGCCACUGGAGAGGCUGUCUACUGCGGUGACAUCAGUCCCUUAGACGGACAGCUCUUCAUGGCGGUGGUCACCAGCACGCGAGCCCACGCAAAGAUCCUAUCCAUCGAUAUCUCAGAGGCCUUAGAAGCACCAGGAGUCGUCACUGUGGUAUCAGCUGCUGAUAUUCCAGGGAAAAAUGGCGACGAGCACGAGAAGGUGUUUGCUGAAGAUGAGGUAAUAUACAUUGGUCACAUUAUCUGCGGUGUGCUCGCAGAGACCUAUGAACUUGCAAAGGAGGCCACCAAAAAAGUGAAGAUAGAGUACCAAGAUCUGGAACUUAUCCUGACAAUCAAGGAUGCCAUACAGCAUAAUUCCUACCUCCUAGAAGAAAAGAAGAUAGAAAAAGGAAAAGUUGAAAAAGCAUUUCAGACAGUUGACAGAAUUAUUGAAGGCGAAAACCAUAUUGGAGGGCAAAAGCAUUUUUACAUGGAAACCAACAGUAUUGUUGUCAUUCCACGGAAAGAGGACCAUGAAAUGGAUAUCCAUGUCUCCACCCAGGAUGCUGCAAGAGUACAGCAAUUAGUGGCUACAACACUGGGUGUCCAAUCAAACAGGAUCAGGUGCCACACAAAACGAGCUGGUGGAGCUUUUGGGGGGAAAGUUACAAAACCUCCAUUUUUUGCCGCUGCUGCAGCAGUGGCAGCGCACAAAACUGGCUGUCCAGUACGUUUUAUGCUGGAACGAGAUGAUAACAUGAUCAUAAUUGGAGGUCGACACCCUCUUUUGGUAAAAUAUAAAGUGGGAUACAUGAAUGACGGGGAAAUCAAAGCUGUUGACCUUCAGUACUAUAUAAAUGGUGGGUGUACAAAAGAUUGUUCUGACUGGGUAAUAGAGUUUGCAGUGCUACACAGUUGUAAUGCUUAUGACAUUCCCAACUUCCGAUGUCGCGGACGUGCCUGCAAGACUAAUCUGCCAUCGAAUACCGCAUUUCGAGGAUUCGGUUACCCACAAUCGGCCCUUUCUGCAGAAAUGUGGGUUUCAGCCGUGGCAGACGAGCUUGGCUUGCCUCAUGAUAAGGUCCGGGAGAUGAACAUGUACAAAACAGUUACCUUCACUCCUUACAAGCAAGAGAUUGAUCCCAGGAAUCUGGUUGUGUGUUGGAAAGAAUGCUUGGAAAGGUCUGAUUAUUACAACAGGAGAAAAGCAAUAGAAGAAUAUAACAAGCAAAACUACUGGAAGAAGAAAGGGAUUGCGAUCAUUCCCAUGGUAUAUUCAGUUGGACUCAAUGCCACAGUUUACCACCAGGCUGCAGCUCUGGUGAACAUCUAUGUCGAUGGGUCAGUGUUGGUGCAUUGUGGGGGAGCUGAACUGGGGCAAGGACUUUACACCAAAAUGUUACAGGUUGCCAGCCAUGAAUUAAAGAUACCCUUGUCUUACAUACAUCUUUUUGAAAGAAGCACCGUUCCAAUACCCAACGCAUUAUUCACAGCAGGAUCAAUUGGCUCGGAAGUCAAUGGUAAAGCAGUCCAGACUGCUUGCAGGAUCCUGCGGACGCGCCUCCAGCCAAUCAUUAAAAAAAAUCCACAGGGCAAAUGGGAAGACUGGAUUAAAAAAGCUUUUGAGGAAAGUAUUAGCCUCUCAGCUACCGGCUUCUUCAAAGGGUAUGUCACCAAUAUGGACUGGGAGACUGGAGAAGGCCACGCUUUUCCAUACCACCUUUUUGGUGUCAGUUGCUCUGAAGUUGAGAUUGACUGCCUGACAGGGGAUCAUAAGAAUCUCCAAACAGACAUUGUCAUGGAUGCCUGUUAUAGCAUCAAUCCAGCAACCGACAUAGGGCAGAUUGAAGGUGGCUUCAUGCAGGGACUCGGAUUUUGUACUCGAGAAGAAAUCAAAUUCUCCCCGGAAGGAGAGCAGUACACACUGGGUCCAGACACGUAUAAAAUUCCUGCAGUUUGUGAUGUCCCAGAAUUGUUUAGAAUCUACUUGCUGCCGAACACAAGAAACCCCAUUGCAAUCUAUUCCUCCAAGGGUAUGGGAGAAGCUGGGGUAUUCAUGGGAUCCUCCGUAUUUUUUGCUAUCAAGGAUGCCGUGGCUGCUGCCCGGAAGCAAAGAGGACUGAAUGAUGUUUUUGUCCUAGACAGUCCACUGAACGUAGCGCGUAUUCGCAUGGCGUGUGCCGAUCAUUUCACAGAGAUGAUUCCAAAGGAUGAACCUGGGACCUAUAAGCCAUGGGCUAUUCAUGAGAACUAAAAUAUUCCGGUUUUCUGCCAAAAGGUUGAGAUUGUCUUAGCAAGGCAUUAGAAUCUGUGAUUCCGAGCCUAAUCACAGAAACAAUCAAACUCUGAUCACAUGCCAAAUACUGUUCAUUUUCUCUCUGAUGGAUUACCUCAAAACCUUGAAAACCUCAAGGGAGGUUUUUAAAAUUUUGAAAUGGGAUGAUACAUUCUGUUCUAUUGUUAUAAACUUGUGAUCAAUUAGAUGCUAUUACCCCGCCCCCCCCCCCAGGCAGAAACCAUGCUUUUUAGCCCCACUCACCCAGGCCGACAGCAGCCAGAGGUGCAGACAAAAUCCAUAUCAAAACAGAGAAUCGUAAUCAGGCUACGUGCAAUUAAGUCGCCAGUGCACAAGGAAGCAUCCGAUUCCCUUGAGAAUCUGGAUGUACCCUAAUCUUUGCUGUGACUCUCCAAAGGUUCACGUACCCUGGCCGUGAUUAACUGUUGAAGGUAACAAUAACCCAGCCAUCAACACCACUCAGGAAUAUCCCUGAAGGUUCCAGCUUCUACCCAAAAUGAAUCGACUGUUUAAUCAGGCAGGAUAACCUCAUCUCCUGCCCCCUCAAUGGCAAGCAUGAGUCAACCUGAGUCAACUGCUUGCCUGUUCCCAACCAUCUGCCCUCAGUGGAGGUUCCUUCAUUCCAUCAAAACCUCCUUCCUCCACCUACCCUCUUCUUUCUGGAGUCCCUCCCAGGACAAUCCAAUACCUAUCUCUGCUCCCAGGUGCUUUGUUUCUUGGACUAGCCACGUAAGAGGAAUCCAUUAUUUGGGGUAGAAACAAAUACAGUUGGGCACUCGGAUCUUGCCAAGUGAACAUUUUGUUGUGUUCCCACAAGUAAACUGCCUAGAUUUGCUGUCUUAUUUUGCCGCAUAGGGAAACCAUCAGUUUAUUUUUUGUUUGCUACUCUGUAUCUUGGUUAG